AUGCGCGGCCUCAUAUUGGUGGGGCUCCUGGCCGUGAUCGGCCUCGAAGCCGGGCAGAGCUACGGGGUCCAGAACGACUACCAGCCCGGCCAAGAUGUCCCAGCUCCCGUUCAGGCGGCUCCUUCUUAUUACGUGAGUCGGCACGGAGGCAAACCCCACGGAGGCGGACCCCACGGAGGCCCUGGCCCCAAGAAGGUCGCCGAGCCGGCUGCUGCUUCA